CGUGGCGCGGCUUCUCCUGCGGCGCGAAAAGGGCGGCCUCUGCGCUCGCUGGCGGUGUUCCUGGUGUGCCUCUUCGGCUUUCUGCACGUUCUGCCGCCGAUGCCGCAGCGGGUUCCAACCAUCGCCAACAUCACCGCCGGUGGCAAAAAGGACGCCAUCACCAUAGUCAUUACCGACACGCAGACACCGUUGGCUUCGGCGCGAGCAGCAGUGGCGGGCUCGGCUGGAAGUCGACUCGCGGCGGCGCUGCGCCAGCGCGCGUGGUGCUCACCGUCACCGGUUGCGCCCAGCGUGAGCCUCGUGCUGGUGUUUGGCGCCCCGCCGAGUGCGGUGCGG